UGUCGCCGGGGUCCCAUUUUGAAAUACACGUAGAGCCUAUACUACACUGUAGCUGUCCCCCAAUUUUUCGUCCCUUCAAUUUAACCCGUGACCGUUCUUCUAUAUUAAGUCUAUAUUCGUUGCUUGCAUGUUAACAUUCCUAAUUCGUCGAUUCCGUCGAAACGCACUCGCCCAUUGGCCCAAGUCUCCCUCAAACGUCAACAAUGACGCGCGAGACACGCCACUGGUGACGAAACACGUGGACUGUUUUUUUAACUAUACCUAUAUAUAUUCACACCACCGCAUAUCGCGAUUCGCGAGUUCCGACACUAUACGGAUUCUCGAAAGUCCGCAGAUGAGCGAUCUGUCAAUGUGUUUUUUUCAGCCGUUCCACGCGCACUGUUCGCGUAGCGCAAAAUCCCGCAGGUGUUCCGAGGAGACAGGGAAAGAAAGACGCAGACGAGGUGGAAAAAAUAUCUGAGGAUCAGGAAAGACGACUAUCACUAGAGAGCAAGUGCGCGAGAUUAAACUUCAGCGAAGAUGUCUUGGUUUUGCGUCUGUCGAUUUUCCCUGCUUCUAGUCAAUUUUCUCGUACUGACUUUCGGAUACGAUCUGAAGGCUUUCGACGACACUGUGCUAUUCAAGAUCAGCUGGCCAGGCAAAAUUGGAGUCGAUUUGCUUGACUCUCAGGCUGGUGCAGAGCCUUACACGAUAACAACAGCGAAUAACGAAAAGUACCAAUGCUUUAUUCCAGAGACUGCAAAACAAGAAAUUGCACAAGAAGAAGUAUAUACUGGCCCGAAUCCAAUAAAAUUUUUAACUUUACUGUUUAACCAAAAUACAUGUUCUUACAGGAUAGAGCCAUAUUGGACAUAUGAACUUUGUCAUGGAAAAUAUGUGCAACAGUAUCAUGAAGAACGAGAUGGCAAGAAAGUCAAAAUUCAGAAAUAUGAAUUAGGCAGAUAUGAUGCAGCUCAGAUUAAAAAAUUAUCAGCUGAGUAUGAUGAACAUGCGAAAAAUCCAAACAGGAAGACAGAGAUACCUGUUAAAAAAAUAGAUGGAAUCAAUAUGCCUUAUGUAGAAAUGGAAAUGACAGAUGGAACUAUGUGUGAUUUGAAUAAUAAACCAAGAUCGAUAAAAGUUUUAUACGUGUGUUAUCAACAUGGAAAACAAGAAAUUUAUUCUAUAAAAGAAACCGCAACCUGUGAAUAUGAAACUGUUGUUUUAACUCCUUUGCUCUGUCGUCAUCCAGACUACAAACCUCAUGAUACUGGUGAAAACAAAAUAAAUUGCAGGCCUUUGGAUAAUGCUCCAAAGAAACCAAGAUCUUUGAUGGCCCUAGAAGCAGAAAGUGCAAAACUGAAGCAUCAGAAAGUUACGGAUGAGAAGCCUCAAAAAGUCAAUGUGAUCUUCCGUGUUGAUAAGGAUGGUCAGGAUGGACAACCUCAAGUGCAAGUCGAAAUUCAUCCUGUUGAUUCAACCUGGAAACAUUACAAUCUUGAUGAUACCCUCAAUCCUUUGAUUGAUCAAGGAAAUAAUUUGGCCAAGAGUAACUCAGUUGAAAACUUUUUAAGUGGGCAUAAUUGUUUGAACGGAGGAACUGGUUGGUGGAAAUAUGAAUUCUGCUAUGGACGUUCUGUGACCCAAUAUCACCUUGAAAGUAGUGGAUCAAAAACAGUUGUGAGUCUUGGUGUAUUCAACAAAGAAAAGCAUAUUGAAUGGAUUGAUGCCAAUCCUAAUAAAAAACCUAAACCUAUUGGACAAAGAAAGCAAUUAUCACACUUUUAUAGUCAUGGUACCAUCUGUGAUAAAACUGGAAAACCGCGACAAACUGAGGUAAAGUUAAAGUGUGUUACAAAUCCUAUGGGAAAUCCGUCCAGCGUCUCAUUGUACUUGUUGGAACCUAAAAUGUGCGAGUACGUACUAGGUGUAGAAUCGCCAUUAAUUUGCGAUAUUUUGGAGCACGCGGACGAUACGUACGGCAUUAUUAGUGAUAAAAUCUUAGUGAAUUUGGACGAAUUAAAAACGAACUUACAUGUGGAAGAAGAUGAUGAACGAAUAGCCAACGGGGAUGAGUAGGCUUAUUUAUGAAAACCAAGAACACUUAAUUAAUAUUAAAAUUUUAAAAGUGCGCGUAUUGCAUUGACUAAAUUUGGCUUUACAUAUCUUAAGAGCUUGUUUCCAAAGUAUGUGAAAUAAAAAGAGAAUAUUGUACAAAAAAAUAUUGCGAAAUUAAUUGACGCAAUCACUGCUAAAUUCGACAUAAGGUAACUAGCUUAUUCUCUCCGAAAUCAUCGACCUCUCCAAGAAGAAUCCUCUUCGUGAACUUUGGAUUCUUCUCCACUAUUAGCAGAUUGAGAAGGUCUCGGAAUGUUCUUCCGCGGAGCGUUUCAGAUAUUUCCGCACUGCCGCAAUUCCGGUCAAAGCUGAAGAGCUUCGUCUUUAGCUUUUGACCUAUCCGUAUCUUAAUUCUGUAUUUCUCUUAGAACUUAUGUAAAUAUUAAAUAAAUAAAUAAAUUAUAUGAAUAAGUUACAUAA